ACUAGCUUUCCGUCUGUUGCAUUCACCUUUACCUCAAACAGUUGGGUGUAUAGCACGAUCGCACCGGUUAGUUUCCACUGUACUUCGAAGCGGUCGCUUUUUCUAACAAGUACUGAUCGAUUUGCAACACUAAUCGUACAGCUGCACGUACUCGCCAGCGCAAGCUCAAUACCCCCGUAAUCAAUUCUACAUCGUAACCAGUCGUUUUCGAGCUGUCAAUGAACAUGCAUGGAUGCUCCCUUCACUAUCGGACCGAUCAAUCGCGGAACCUGAACUACGAGCAAGUUUUCUUUUACAUGACGAAACAUAAUAAAUGGAUCCUCAAUUCCAUCGGCAUCUGGCCGGCCGUGUUAUUAGGGAUCGGCAAAUAUUUACCGAAUAUCGCGAUCGUAAUUAGUAAUUUGAUAUUGUCCUUCACUCUUCUACAAUGCAUUCUGCACAUUGUCUUCGAGCAGAAGAACCCAUUGCUAAGACUGAAGAUUUUAGGCCUGACCGCUUUCUCCUUCAUUUCCAUGCUGAAGUAUUGGGCUCUCACGCUGCGUAAAAAUAAGAUUAAGCGUUGCAUCGAACAAUUGCGAACUGAUUGGAAGCAGGUAGAAUUACGUGAAGAUCGUGACCUGAUGCUGAGAUACGGAAAAAUCGGCCGAAAUCUGUCCGUAUCCAGCGUGGUGUUCAUCGGUCUCUUGGAUGUCCAGAAAAGCCCCGUUUACGAAUUGGUAUACGUUCUCCAGUGUGUCUGCGGAUACGUGUUCGACACCGUGACAGCCAGCGUUUGUGGACUUGCCGCGCUGUUUGUGACGCAUGCCUGUGGACAGAUCGACAUCGUUAUGGCUCGAUUGAACGAUCUGGUAGAUGGAAAACUAGCCAGGGAGAUCUCAAAUCCGCAUACACGACUGAUGGAAAUCGUGGAGCGUCACAUGAAAGUUUUAAGAUUUUCUACGACAGUCGAGGCAGUCUUAAGUGAAGUGUGCUUUUUAGAAUUCGUCGGUACUACUUUCGUGAUAUGCCUUCUCGAGUUUUAUUGUUUAACGGAUUGGAGACAGAACGACAUAAUUAGUCUAAUAACGUACACGUUACUGUUAAUAUCCUUGACGUUUAAUAUAUUCUUAUUGUGCUACAUUAGUGAUCUUUUAAUAGAAAAGAGUACUAACGUUGGAAAAUCCUGCUGCAUGAUUGAUUGGUACGAAUUACCCAACAGUACGAUUCGAGGGCUCAUCUUAAUAAUCGCCAUAUCGAAAAAUCCAGCAAAAAUCACUGCUGGUAACAUAGCUGACUUAUCUUUAAGUACUUUUGCUAAUAUUCUCAAGACGUCGUUCGCGUAUUUAAAUUUUCUGCAGACUGCUACGGUGUAACAAUUUAACAAUUUACAACUCAACAGGAAAUAAAU